AUGUCUGUGCCGCUAAAUUGCUCGACAGUGGGCUUGGGUCGGUGGGCCACAGUAGCGGCGGUGAGGCCUUUGUCGUCCGUCGGCGCCACCACCACCCAGCGCAGCGCUUCCUUAGCACCAUUCGCGGCGGCGCUGGACGUGAAGAAGCGCUUUGCGUCGACGGCGACGGACAGGGCAAAUGCACACGGGUCCUGCAACAGCAGCGAGUCCGGCUUCUUCCGUGCCUAUCGCAGGUUCCGGCGGGAGCGCCGUGCUGACCACGACCGGCAGUACACGACGCUGUCGAUGUACCUAGAGCGGCUGCCGCCAGGUUUUCGUGGGCUUCUUCUGUGGUCGCCGCUACUCGCACUUUUGCACUUUACGUGCCGGCAGGCGAGAAUCUACUAUCUCGAAGAGGAGGAGCCAUGGUACUACGUGGCACUCCCACGGCGGUGGCGUUACCGGGUCGGCGGGGAAGGCAGCGGUGCGACGGUGCAUGUCUCGUCGCUGUUACGGCGGGCACCGCCCUCCACGACAUACUCCCUGCCAAACGCAAGCCAAGGAACUGAGAGUCAGGGGAGUAGAUCGACGGUGACCACCACCACGACGUAUGCGUUUCGCGCUACUGACGUGCAGGACGCCGCCGCUGCUGCUGCUGCUGUGGCGGGUGUCCCUCUCGCCGGCUCACCCCCGGUCGCCUCCUUUCAUGAAGUCUGCGUCCGUCGUGUUCACACGGAUGAGGGCGCGCCGCCUGCAGCGACGGCGCCGGCUCCGCCACCGGAGGAGACGCACCGCUACGGUGUGUGGGGUGCCCCGCUGGUUGUGAUUCGUGAUCCGGCCACGCAGCGUGUGAUAGGUUACACGACGGCGGGAUAG